CCUUGGUUUCUCUCUUUGCUCACUCUCGGGCCUCGACGGUCGUUAUUAGACGGGCUUUUAGAUCAACACCCCUCAAUAACAACCCUCUUCUCUCCCCUUGUCCUCCUCUCGUUCAUGGCACAUCAUGCUGACAAGGUCGUUCAUUGGAACGGAAGCCUACACGUCAAGGAGGAUUCGCCCGUCGACGAUGCAGUCUCCACCGCGCCAGCACCCUCUCCGUCGCUGUGGGGUAUUCAGCUCAAAUAUAUAUCCCUGGUGACUCUGGCAGUCCAAAAUGCCUCCCUCACGCUCCUCAUGCACUACUCACGCGUAUACACUCCACCUUCCCGUGCCUACUCGGCCGCGUCUGCCGUGCUUGCUACCGAGCUUCUCAAGGGCUUGAUUUCCCUCGUCAUUGCCUUUACUCGUAUCGACAACGUUCCAACUCAGUAUACCCUCGUCCCUUCAUCCAAGCCUGACUGCUUCUCCACGUCGCUAUUCAACCCGAGAGUCUUCCUUGCCCGGUGCUCGCGACUGGGAAAGGAGGUCUUCAGAACUGACUGCUGGAAGUUGUCCAUUCCGGCCAUACUCUACGUCAUUCAAAAUAAUCUCCAAUUCGUUGCCGCUUCCAACCUAGAUGCCGCUACUUUCCAAGUGUCGUACCAAAUGAAAAUUCUGACCACAGCAGCCUUCUCGGUGUUCCUUCUUCGCAAGAAGCUCACCCCACUCAAGUGGCUAGCACUCUUCUUUUUGGCGGUCGGUGUUGCCAUUGUCCAGAUUCAAACCGGUGUUUCGAAGGGCUCUCCGUCGUCGGGUCCUGACGUGCACAUCAUGGAUCCCGUCAAGGGCUUCAUGGCCGUCGCUGCUGCUUGCUUCACAUCCGGACUCGCAGGUGUAUAUUUUGAGAUGGUGUUGAAGAACACUACCGGUGAUCUCUGGGUCCGCAAUGUCCAACUUUCCCUCUUCUCGCUCCUUCCCGCGUUGGUGCCGAUACUCCUUGCAUCCGCGCCUUCGUCAGAAACUCCCGUACACAGUGUGCCGUCUAUCACCCACCUCUUCGCGAACUUCACCCCAUGGGCAUGGGCAACAGUGCUCACUCAGGUUCUCGGUGGCCUUAUCACCGCGCUCGUCAUCAAAUACGCCGACAACAUCAUGAAGGGCUUUGCAACAAGUCUCAGCAUUGUGCUGUCAUUCCUCACUAGCGCCGCGCUCUUCCACUUCGAAAUUACGGUAUCAUUCGUUGUCGGCGCUACCGUUGUCCUUGGUGCGACGUGGCUCUACAGCCAGCCAGAUGGCAAGCGUGUGCUCCCUUUCCGUGCCAGACGGUGCUCGAAUGCCACCAUUCCGUUCUCGUUGUUGUCUUCGCGGAACACCUCUGCAUCAACUUCGGCGUCAUCAUCCCCCUCGGCCACGUUUGCGAACGUCGUCCCGGCAUAUCCUUACCCUACACGUCCCACACCCUUGAACCUUGUGCCGUCUCUGGGGCGCCGCACUCCUUUAUCCUCCCCAUACUCUUCUCCCACCACCCCUACCCCAAGUGGUCGCAUCUUUAGCCAUGGCUCGCACGACACGAGCACGAGCAUAAUCCCGGCCCGCUCGCUCAGCAUGUCGUCGAUCUCAUUACCGCUACGUGUCGAUCCGGCGAAGCAGGAAGACAAAGUGAUCUCAUGAUGGAGAAGACAAUCUUUCCAUUUGAUUGUGCCCACUUUGCGCCCAUGAUGGGUGGGGAGGGUAGGAAUAAGGGGUGAAAUAAGGAUCUAAUUGGUUCGGACCGCGGGAGUUGGAUUUAUAUAUAUUCGCUAUUUCGAUAUUUUUUCCCAGAUACAUGCUCGCCGCCCUUCCGCUGGUCUGAGGGGACUGGACCCUUUCCCCUCGUCUUAGUUGGGGCUGGCGUCCUGUUUUUUUUAAUGAAGCGCAUCCGCGGGCGCCGCUCGAUCGGUCUUUCCGUGACCACUCCGUCGUAGCUCCCGUGUUUGUACGGCGCGAUGUAUACAUCCCAUACGACGCGCGCAGUCGCUCUGCACACACCAGAGACUUUACUCGUUCACGAAGUGACGAACUCACGCUUUUUGCUCGCAUUACUAGUACCACGUCCUAUUUCUAUUUAUGUACUUUGAACCGUGUCCCUUGCUCGCUUGCGCGAUCGGGAUCGUUGGACUUUCGUCUGCACCUCAUCUUUCACUUUCGUUUAUCACUCCCUUCUCGCGUCGCAGAACUAUACCCGCCACUUAUUUGGCAUUGAUUACGCUAUUUGCUUGGCUGGCGUCGUUUGUGCCGGUGGACUUCGUGGAAGU